AUGCCUCAACUAGAUCAAUUUACGUAUUUGACGCAAUUUGUUUGGUUAUGUGUUUUUUAUAUGGCCUUUUAUGUAUUAUUAUAUAAUGAUGGAUUACCCAAAAUAAGCCGCAUUCUCAAAUUACGAAAACAGCUGAUUUCGCAUCAAAAUGUAGGCACAGAGCCGAGCGAUUACAGUGUUGAACAGGAUGUUGUUUUCAAAGAAUGCUUUGAUACCAGUAUAUCCUAUCUGUACUCAGGUGUAUCUGGAGCAUCCAAGUGGUGUAACGAAAUGGUAAAAAGCUUAAAUGCUAAUCAAUUAAAACAAAUGAAUAAAUCUUAUGUAUGUUCCUUGGGAGAAAUUAGUGUCUCACAAGUAAUAAAAAAAAACGCACUUUCAAUUAUGAGUCCCUCUACUUAUCAUAUCACUUCUUUAGCGUCACGUCAAACCACAGCUCUUAACAAAAUCUAUGUUUUACGCGGACAAAGGAACACCCUAGUAAAUAUCAAGAACGGACAAAAAAAAAAGAAAAAUACGAAUGCGUGA